CGGCCGGAAGCCGGAUUUCGGUUGCGGAGGCGAAGGCGGCUCCAGUGUAAACUCUGAGCUGAGAAACACAGCUAAAAAACCUCAUUCGUUGGACCUUUAUUGAGGAUUUUCGAGUGCUGGAGGUAGAGCUGUGAACAAGACAGGUUUUUGAUUUUCCACAAUGGGUGAGCCACAGCAAGUGAGUGCCCUUCCACCGCCUCCAAUGCAGUACAUCAAGGAAUAUACAGAUGAAAAUAUUCAGGAAGGCCUAGCUCCCAAGCCUCCACCUCCAAUAAAAGACAGUUAUAUGAUGUUUGGCAAUCAGUUCCAGUGUGACGAUCUUAUCAUUCGCCCUUUAGAAAGUCAGGGCAUCGAGCGGCUUCAUCCUAUGCAGUUUGAUCACAAGAAAGAACUGAGAAAACUCAAUAUGUCUAUUCUUAUUAAUUUUUUAGACCUAUUAGAUAUCUUGAUAAGGAGUCCUGGGAGUAUAAAACGAGAAGAGAAGCUAGAAGAUCUUAAGCUGCUUUUUGUGCAUGUACAUCAUCUCAUAAAUGAAUACCGACCCCACCAAGCAAGAGAGACCUUGAGAGUCAUGAUGGAGGUGCAGAAACGUCAACGCCUUGAAACAGCCGAACGGUUUCAGAAGCAUCUGGAACGUGUCAUUGAGAUGAUUCAGAAUUGCUUGGCUUCUUUGCCUGAUGAUUUGCCUCAUUCAGAAGCAGGGAUGAGAGUGAAAACCGAACCAAUGGAUGCUGAUGAUAGCAACAAUUGUACUGGACAGAAUGAACAGCAAAGAGAAAAUUCAGGUCAUAGGAGAGAUCAGAUUAUAGAGAAAGAUGCUGCCUUGUGUGUCCUCAUUGAUGAAAUGAAUGAAAGACCAUGAAGGACGUUUCUUUUUCUUUUUGCUUUUCCCUUUCCCGAAAAUGGCAUAUAUUGGUUAAUUUUUCCUUGGAGAGUCAUUUUAAAAGAGAUAAAUCUAGAAGUCACAUAAGUGGCUUGACUCCAGCCUUAUCAAUGAUGAGAUGUCACAGACCAUAAUUUCACUUUAUGACAAACAUGGGUAAAUGAGUAUGCAUAUGUUAAGCGCAAUCGCCUUAAAAAGCAAAGUGCUGCAACUGUGUGAAACUCUCCUGGUUUUGGAGUUGACAGAACUUUGGAGAAAUCCUCAGUAAUAGCAGGCUUUCAUCCUUGAAAAGCAGAUUUGCCAUUUGCUUUAAGAAUGAUAGAUAAAAGAUAACAAGCUGAGUAAAUGUGAAAUUCUAAAAUCUUUAGAUUUAUUUUACUUAAAAAUUUACUUGAGCUCUAAAAAAGUAGUAUAACAUGCUAAAAGAGAGAAACCCUAUAGAGUUAUAGAACAGCAGUUUUGUUUUUCCUCUCUACUGCUUCUGUAAACACUCAGUGAGCUACUGCCCAGGAUAGGUCUCAUAAUUUUUUUCCACUCAUAAUAAAUCCUUUGGUCAUUUUUAGUUACAAACAUUCAUUUUUGUAAAUGUCUAUGUAAUGAGCUGUAUGUUUUCUUUAAAGUGAUACUCAAGGCUUGAUAAGGCUGGAAGCCUGCAGUGGGAAGGGGAUUUGGUAGCAGAGACUGUUGGAUUGUGUACUGGAGAUUCUCGUUCCCUUAAGAUGUGGCUGCCCUGCGAGGGUCUACAUUCUUUCAAUGUUCUUGGAUCUGCAUACAGCCAGGGGACUGAGUUCUUAGCAGUGGAGUAUGGAUGCAAAAAUUCAGGCCUUUUCUGUAAAAA